ACGUACCUUACUCACACCCCCACUGUAUAUUCCCGCACGCGCGACGCACGGACCAGGGCGGCGGGGCGGGGGCGGGCGACCUCUCCUCGCUUCACUUGACGACGUUCACGUCCGUGUGAUGGCGCAGCGGGAGGCGCGUGCGGCGGAUAAGGCGGUAGCUGCCGGCGGCGGGGAGACGAGGGACGCCAGCCACGUCGCGCUGGAGAUGGGCGGCGGCGUGGGGGAGCUGCGGGCGGGGCAGAGUGCGACGGCGACGGCGUGGGCGUGCGGGGCGGCCGCGGCGGGCGUGGGGCUGGCGGGGGCCGGCGCGCUGGUGUGGUGGGCGCUGGCGUUCCGCCCGGCGCGCCAGCAGACGUGGAUGGUGCCCGUGGGCCUCGUCCUGCUCGGCACGCCGCUCCUCGCCUGGCUCUCCCUGUCGGCCUCCGGCGCGUGCCGCUGGCUCUCCCGCCUCCGCGGCCACCAGCCGCCCGUCCGCCCGGCCCCGGAGCGAUGAUGAUCACGCAUGGCGACGAUGCAUGGUCCGUGGUUCCGUCUCUCCGUGCGCGGCACGCAGGAUCGCAGAUCCAGUGUAGGCUGGCGGGGCCUUCGCGCCUGCCUUGCCUUGCCUUGGGUGUACAUUUUUUUUUCUUCUUCUUCUUCCCCCCGGCGGGCGGUCUCUUCUUUCCGUUCCCCUGUUCUUGUGUGAACCGGAACGGACAGCAGCUUCUUGCUAGUAGUAGCAAAACUAGGCACGGCACGAGUGUUGUUGUAGAUUUGCAAGAGGCUUCGGUUGCGUGGAUUUUUGUUUGUUUUGUUUAGUUGGCAUGCGAUGCGAACAUGCAUCUCGGGGUCAGCAUUCGAAUACGAAAUUCAGAUGCAGUAGAAUUUUACACAACA